CUACCUCCCGCUACCAACAAACCAGCAGCCCAAGCAGGCACUUGACUAUCUACUUCGGGCGCAGUUGGAUGGUGUUCGGUGGAAGCUAUUGAAGUCUGCGAUGCGAGUUCGAUAUACACUCCUCAACUGGCCGUGGAUUCCAUCGGCGAUUUGAUUGGAUACCUAUGCAGUGGAGGACUCCCAAAGGUGUAUUCGUGGUCCUCAUUCUAAACAUGGACGACAAGAAAUACCAUCGCCACUUGUACAUCAGGUGCUCUUGCGUGCCGCAGUGAGUUUUAACACACCUCUUCCAAGGCUACCUUUAGUUUUGUUGUUGUUUUUUUACAAGAAAGCAAAGCUCGCAUGACUGCAACCGCAAAACGUUGAACUCUCUCGGAUAAAGUGUAAACAUUGCGGUUAGGCCUAAGGAAAAAGCGAAUAAAAAAUUACGGAUAGCCGUUUGAUCCUUUAUUUUAUUUCUUUCGAAGACGCUGGCACGUUUUCAAGUGCAUGUAACCCAAUUUAGCACCUGUUUUUGUGCACUUUAGUUUUUUGCUUCUGCAAUCUUCUGAACGUUGUUUCCCGCUUAGACAAAGUGUGGCAUUCUAUGUAUAGCUGUUAAAAGAACACAUUAUAUUUUUAUACAUUAAGAGAAAAGAUUAGGACAAAGUCCUAAUGUUUAGUAAACACUACUGUUGAAAAGAAAAAAAUAAAACAUUAAUUCUAUUCUGAUUGGUGAUAUAUAUUCGGUGAUGACAACUUUAGAAUUGUUUUACGUGGAAUACCGGAUUUGAUUUCUUUUUUAAAUAAAAACAAAAACUUGCUGUUUGGUAUUAAAAAAAAAUAAACUUCACAUUUCCUGAUGGAUACAUCGAUAAUUGGAUAUUAAAACUAAUGGAUCAUCUUGUACAAAGCAUGGAUGUAGUAUCUUCUUCAAUUAAAAUCCUAGGGAAAGGUGGUGGCAGUUACAGUUUACAGCGGUGGUGCAAUUGGGAUUGCAAAUUAGCAUUUGGUGUGUCUUCAAACAGUUUAUUCGGUGCUUCUUCUUGCAGCAGCGAUAACUGUGGUGUAAGAGUGAAAAACACAAAUGAUUUACUAAAGAAAUCAGGGAAAAUGUUACUAUAUUUGUUCAUCCUGCUCUUACAUGGUCCUGGACUCGUAAGCUGUGGUAAGUCGCUUGAUUUUCUUCUCUCUGUUCUUGUCUGAAUGUGAUUCUGAAAG